AUGCCCGAGACCGCGUCUCCCGACCACGACGUGUCCAUCGCGGAUCUCCAAGCCCACGAAACAGCGACUGACGCGGACAAGUUGCAUGACGACGACGUGAUAUCAUCCGAUACCAAAGCAAACGAUGUUUCUAAUGAACCAGAAGCGCAUGUGCAGGCAAGCACGGACGCGCCGGCGAGCACAAAUGGCCAUGUCCCAGAGGAAGUCAAUGGCGAUGGACUUCAACCCGACGAGGAGGAUGGCCGUCCCGCGAAAAGACGUCGAACACGAGAUAGCACUCCUCCGCCAACCCCUUCGUCAGCAAAGAAGCCCAAGCCUAUAUCUCCUCCGUGGAAGAGAAUAUCAGCCGAAGGCCCAACCAGCUUCACUGAGAACGGACGCCGCAAGUCAGGGCGCAUAAAUACCUUACCACUUGAGCUCCAGCCACAAGGCAAGAAGAGAUUGACUAGGCAUUCUCUUGUGACCAAAAAUUCUCCAGCGCAAGCAAAAGCAUCUGCGGUAACCCCUGUGAAGACACCCAACAACAAAGUCGGCUCUCAGAAGCGGCCCAUGGCGACACCGAAAUCGACACCGCGAAAACCCGUACCAGCACCUGCCAGGAGCUCUUCAAGAUCUCUCAGACGUCGUACCCCAUCUCCACCAACCCAGGGUACUAGGCACUCUACGAGAACGCGGAGACCAUCACGUCUGGCCGAUGGAACCGAAUUAUCAGGCGAACUUUCAACCUCUCCCAACAACUCGACGUACCAAUCUCACGAUGGAACCGGGCGAUCACCGCGAAUAAAGUUGCGAGUCGGCCGCUCCGGUUUCAUACCAUUGGUCCACGCAGAUCAAGUUCGCAAACGACCCAAAAUCGGCACCAGUUUUGAAGAUUUUUGGGAGCAAGCUGGAACAAUCCCAGUGGAGGACGGUGGACUUUUCGUCUCUGAAGAUGGACCAAUCUACACCGACGAGGCCGCUUUAAAGGACGCCCGAUCAGUUUUGCGCAUUGAGGAUGAGGUACAGCCCGGCGGCAUCCUUUCUGUAGGUCGUUGUUCAGUAUUUAUCCCAGAAGGGGACGAAGAACCCAGCAGGCAAUAUGCUCGCCAGGACCAUAUUAUCAAAGCAAUGGCAAACUUUCGAAAGCUCCUGCUGGGUGAGCAACAACGUCACCGUGCCAUGGCCAAGAAACUCGCAGAAGCGUGCCGCGAAGCAUGGAUGCAACGACAGCCCAAGUCAGCCGAACAGCUGGAGGCCGAGGCUCGGCAGAAAUGGAUUGGGCAUUACCGAUUUGUUAUUCGUGCUUUAUUCGGCACUUGGGAAAACGUUAGGACUCAAGUUAACCGUCAACGCCUUGAGCAAUGGGAGGCAGAGGAGCAGAAACGAGUCAAAGCAGCCCUCAACGAGGCAGUGAGCUUAUCAGAACAAAAAUUGCAAGCUCGGCGUGGACUAGACUCGGAACAGGUUACAGACGAGGAGGCCGGUUUCGAUGACCUCAGCGACGAUAUUAGCGCCAAUGACAAUGAUGGGGUUGAGGAAUCAAAUCUAGCAUCAGAUGAGAGUGACGGCGACGACCCGGACGAACUCGAUAGCGAUAAUAUGUCAACAUCUGAUGAAGAAGAGGAAGGAGGCGACGGGGACAUCAAGGAUGUUGGGGAUGAGGGUCUCACACAGGAUGAGCUGAGAGCAAAAUACGCGAACAUUCCGGAUCUUGAGCAGUCGGACAAAAAGGAGGGCAGCGUCGAUGCUACUCCAAGCGAGGCUUUGGCUGAUGCCACCGACGUGGCCGGUGAAACCAGUGACGAAUCGGUAGACAUGGACGACGACAUGGGUUCUAGCGACAUUGACAGCGAGGAUGACGAUGACGAAGAGGGCGACGAUGAAGACAACGAUGAGGUGGAUGACGAGUCCGAGGAUGAGGAUGCAGGCGGCUUACUUGGACUAUUGUUUGGUAAAUCUGAGCUGAAACAGAUGAAGCAAGUCGCUGUGGACGAGACGCCGGCAGAAAAGGGGGACACUGAUAUUGACAUGGUUGAGACCGUCAGCAAUUCUCUGAUUCAAGAUGAUCCCACAGACACUAAGGUUAGGUUGUCGAAUAGCCAGGAUGUCGACUCUACAUCAUUGGUACCUGCCCCUACCACAGAUGAGGCGUUGUUGACUAAUGGCCAUGACUCCCAUGAAGAACAAGCGCCUAAGAAUGAGGUUUCGGUGCAUGCUGAUACCACCACAGCCCCGGACCAAGCCGUCGAGGUUCACCGGGACAUGGAUGAGAAGCCGGUGCUCGAAUAUCACGCAUCCAAGAAAAUUUCACCAAACGAGGAUGUGCGUAUGGAGGGUGCCCAUGAGGAUGACACGACCCAAGCAUCCGUUCCCAUGCCGACCGUGAACAUUGACAGACCUGCGAGCCCAGAAACGGAGCCAGUUACGAAUCACACCAGUCCUCGGCGUAGCCAGUCGCCACCAACAUCAGAGACAAAGCCCUCUGAAGUCGAGGCUUCCUCAGCAGAGCUUGCUGUCACUAAGGCUUCGGCCAGUCGAUCGGUGACCCCUCACACGCCUUCUACCCACAAGACAGAAAUUCCUUUUCUACUACGCGGUACGUUACGAGAAUACCAACAUGAUGGAUUGGAUUGGCUUGCCGGUCUCUAUGCAAACAAUACCAACGGUAUCCUCGCCGACGAAAUGGGUCUGGGUAAAACUAUCCAAACUAUCGCAUUGUUGGCCCAUCUCGCGUGUGACCAUCACGUCUGGGGUCCUCACUUGGUAGUCGUUCCCACCAGUGUUAUGCUGAACUGGGAGAUGGAGUUCAAGAAAUGGUGCCCUGGAUUUAAGAUUCUUGCAUAUUAUGGUUCCCAGGACGAGCGAAAACGCAAGCGGCAGGGGUGGAAUAACGAUGAUGUCUGGAACGUUUGUAUAACGUCCUACCAAUUGGUGCUUCAAGAUCAGCAAGUGUUCAAGCGCCGAAGAUGGCACUACAUGGUCCUGGACGAGGCACACAACAUCAAAAACUUCAAGUCUCAAAGAUGGCAAACACUGCUCGGCUUCAACACCCAGGCUCGUCUGUUGCUCACUGGUACACCUUUGCAAAACAAUCUUACAGAGCUGUGGUCUCUUCUCUUCUUCCUCAUGCCGGCGGAAAAUGGAGUGGGCGGUUUUGCAGACUUGCAAGAGUUCCAAGACUGGUUCCACAAACCCGAAUCUCAGAUUUUGGAAAGCGGCAGAGACCAAAUGGAUGACGAGGCCAAAGCGAUUAUCUCCAAGCUUCACAAGGUUCUUCGGCCGUACUUGCUGCGCCGUCUCAAGGCAGAUGUUGAGAAGCAAAUGCCCGCCAAGUAUGAACAUGUGGAAUUCUGUCGAUUGUCAAAACGUCAGCGAGAGCUGUACGAUGGGUUCCUCUCCCGAUCAGACACCAAGGAAACUUUGUCAUCUGGCAAUUACUUGUCAAUUAUCAACUGUCUGAUGCAGCUUCGCAAAGUUUGCAACCAUCCGGAUUUGUUCAUCGACAGACCCAUCAUGACCUCAUUCCGCAUGGCCAAAUCAACGCCAGCCGAGUACACAUAUACGGAGCGCAGGGUCCGAUCACUUUUAACCAACGCACCAAUGAGCAGGGUCAAUCUCGCAUUCUUGAAUCUUGUUCCCACGAAGCACGAGCACUUGUCCAAUGUGGAUGCCGACCGAAUUGCUCAACUUAGCUCCCAUCGAGCACUGAUGGACCUGCGCGAAGCACAAAAGGUCAGAGCCCAGGCAGCCUACACGAUUCUCGAUCCUUCAACAGUAGAAUCUAGCAUUUCGUACUUGGAGAGUGGAGCACGAUGGGGUCGGUUCGAGGAACUCCAACAUUGCGUAUACCUCAAUGCUCUUCGCCGUCAGCAACGCCCAAUUUACGGCAAAAAUGUCAUUGAUCUUUUGACAAUAAAUGCACACAAACGCCCCUACCGACCGAAGCCUAAGAUCCCACAGAAGAUGAUAUCUUGGUUCGAGGGCGAUCUAGCCUUUAUCCGGGCUCUGACACCAACUCUUGACCAGCGAGCCGAGACUUUCAAAACGAUAAUAUCAAAGUUUUCUUGCGUCACGCCUCCCGUCGUAACCCGGGACUUGGAGCAGGUGCUGCUAGGUCCUGCGGCUGUCCAGGCUUUCACGGACGAGGAUCUGAAGCUUUCGGCGCCAGUACGGUGGGCUCCCUUCCUGCCCAAGGAGUCACCCGUAGAUCCCUGGCAUGAGUCUCGCAUGAGACACAGCAUCCAGUUCCCGGAUAAACGGCUACUCCAAUAUGACUGCGGCAAGCUGCAAGUAUUGGAUAAGCUUCUUCGGAAAUUACAGGCUGGAGGUCACCGGGCUUUGAUAUUUACACAAAUGACCAAAGUACUGGACAUUCUGGAGCAGUUUCUCAACAUUCACGGCCACAAGUACCUCCGCCUCGACGGCGCAACCAAGGUAGAGCAGCGGCAAAUUUUAACAGAACGGUUCAACAAUGAUCCGCGAAUCCUCUGUUUUAUUCUAUCGACCCGAUCGGGUGGUCUAGGGAUCAACCUGACUGGGGCUGACAGUGUCAUCUUUUACGAUCAGGACUGGAACCCAGCAAUGGACAAGCAGUGCCAGGACCGUUGCCACCGUAUCGGCCAGACGCGAGACGUGCACAUUUACCGUCUGGUCAGUGAGCACACGAUUGAGGCAAACAUUCUCCGCAAAGCCUCACAAAAGCAAAUGCUAGACGAUGUGGUUAUCCAAGAGGGCGAGUUCACCACGGACUAUUUCAACAAGAUUUCUGUUAGAGACGUCCUGGAGGACAAGGUAGACUUUACCAGCGAAGGCGUUGCUGCUGCAGAUGCCGCAUUGGACCGAGUCCUCGGGGGUCCAGAUACGAGCAGAGAUCAACGAACUGUUGGCCGAGCGCUUGAGCAAGCAGAGGACAGGGAGGAUGUUGCAGCGGCCCGGGUGGCUGAAAGGGAGAUCCAGGCCGAUGACGCCGACUUUACAGAGAAAGCAAGUGUCCCAGCCUCGGGCACAUCGACGGCACGACAAGGCACGCCGGCGGGAAAGUCUGUGCUGGAGGGCGGUUUGGAUGCGGACGACAUGACACCAGUGGAUGAAGGCGAGAUCGAGUACAACGCCUUUGGAAGCCGUAUGGGCAACAUCGAUCAAUACAUGCUCAAAACUAUGACAGAGGAGCUGAAGUACACCAAGCUUGAGCUGCCAAAGGAUAAGAAAAAGAGCAAAAAGAGGGGUCGAGACACGAGGAAACGGUGA